AUGCAUGGUAUUUCCUUAUAUGGUUUGGAAAAACUAUCAGCUAUUCAACAGCGUGCUAUUCUGCCAUGCAUCAAAGGACAAGAUGUCAUUGUUCAUGCCCAAUCUGGUACUGACGGGACUGCUACUUUUUCAAUUUCAAUUCUCCAACAAAUAGACACAAGUGUCAAUGAGUGUCAAGCACUCAUUUUGGCACCAACGCGUGAAUCGGCUCAACAAAUUCAAAAGAUGGUAUUGCAUGGGCGACUUCAUGAAAGUUGA